AUUCCACCUAUCCCUACUGCGAUAUCCCCACCAGUGUGGACAUAUGGAAUAUUUUUCCAUUUAGUUCUACUGGUAGGGAUACAUGGAAUCGAGUUGUCCAUCUGUCCCUCCCAGUUUUUAAUGGUAGAGCAAGAUGGAAUUUAUUCCAUUUAUCCCAAUCACUUUCCCCCUAGUAUGGAUACAUGGAAUUUCUUCCACUUAGCCCAAUCACUUUCCCCCUAGUAGGGAUACAUGGAAUUUCUUCCACUUAGCCCUACCUAAUUGCUGUUUGGUAGGGCAAUAUGGAAUUUUCUCCACUCAGCCCGACUUUACUUGCUGUUUGGCAGGGAUACAAAAAAAACGGCACCCUGUUACUAAGACUUCGCUGUCCGUCUGUCCGUCCGUCUGACAUGUGACUGUAUCUCAAGAACCGUGAUAGCUAGAAAGUUGAAAUUUAGAUUCCCAACCCAUCUCAACAGGUUUUUCAUGAUUAGUGCAAAUAAGUAAGGGCCAAAAGAGUUAAUAUAUGUAUGUUUAGAUAUUUCAGAUAUCAGUUUUACUCUACAUAUUAGACUUAACUGACGAUGACGCGAAAUAAACACUCUAAUUUAUAUAAGUAGGUAAUAAAAAGGUUUCAAGUAAGUGCUGAUAAAGAAAUAUGGCCAGUAAUACAAGUACGUCAUUUAAAAGUAGAUAAACAAUAAUAUAAUUCACAUACUGACAGAUGUCAUAUCGUUUAAUGGAAAUUUGUAUUUAUAGAAACACGCAUUUUAUGUACAAUGCCUAGGGAAAUAAUAAUAUUACAAAGGGGUCGGGGCGAAGUAUUACUUAGCGAUGGUUAUCAAUAUCACCGUAAAAAAAUCUACAAAAAUCCCGAAUACUGGAAGUGUGUAAAGACUAAAAGUACAAAAUGUGUCGGAUCGGUAACAAUUAAAGAGCGGACUAUUUUAAAAGAAGUGGCUCAUUCGUCAUGGUGUUUGAAAGACGUAGCGAAAAAUGAAAUUGACAUACGCCUAAGUAAUUGUAAAAAAGAAAUUGCUGCAAGCCCUGAGAUUCCGGUUCCGACAAUAUUUGAAAACAUCGUCGCCGGGAUUGAAGACGACGGGUUAGACUUGGUAGGAAAUAUUCCGCAAUUCCAAAAUAUUAAAUCAGCAAUGUACAACCACAGAAACAAAGUUGCAGGAACAAGGAAAAUGUUUUUCAACAACUUGCAAGAAUUAGAAGUACCUCCUGCAUAUCACAAAUUCCUCAUUGCUGAUUAUCAUCACAAUGGCGUACGAAUAAUUAUAUUUGGGGGUGAGUGGGCAAAAGAUUUGUUGACGGAGCGUAAAGUUUUUUUUCUAGACGGAACAUUCAAAAUCUGCCCUAAACCGUUUACCCAACUGGUAACAAUGCAUUGCGAUCUUGGAAGUUCAAUGGAGUCAACAUUAAUAAUUCCGACGAUAUAUGCAUUAUUACCAGACAAGAAAACAGAAACAUAUAAAAUCAUGUUUAAACUUCUUAAAUCUGCAAUCCCAGCUUGGAAUCCUGCGCAAAUAAUGGCAGAUUUUGAACCAGCUAUUACCAAGGCCAUGGAGGACGUAUUACCAGGCAUUAAAAAGGACGGAUGUUAUUAUCAUUUUACAAAAGCUAUAUGGAAAAUGGGCAAGGAGCUAAAAUUAACUAAAAAUAAAGAAAUGAGACGUAUAAUAUCACUAUCAGCUGCGUUGCCAUUGCUGCCCUUUCACAAAAUCAAGGGAGGGUGGUCUUAUAUUGAAUCGCAAAUGAGAAGAGAACUGAAAAUGGAAGAUUUCCAACAUUAUUUUAAAACAUUUUGGCUCAAAAAUGAUAACUUCAUCGCACAGUGGUGUGUAUUCAGAUAUAGACACAGAACCAAUAACUACGCAGAAGCGUGGCAUUUUAAAAUAAACGAUAAAAAUAACAGAAAAAUUAGUUUGUAUGCCCUUUUAAAAAAACUGUACAAAAAUUCUGUUGUUAAUAGAAACACCUAUUUGGCAAUUACCGUACAAAAAAAGGCACCUAAAAAGAGAGGAAUGAAAUACAUACUUCGAGAUCAGUUCAUUGAGAAUGCUCAAAACCAAUUAGUGGCAGGAAAUAUAACAGUGGGCCAUUUCUUAGAUAUGUUAAGGUAACUGAGGUAACAUGUUAACUGUGUAUAAAUAAAACUAUUCUUUUGGU